ACUAGAGCAAAGUUUUCUCCGGACGCUUCCGGCCGGCCCGCGCCCUCCGGGCCCAACCUCCCGAACCUUGGGAGCGGGCAGCGUCCCAGCCCAGCGCCGGGGAGCCCCGAGCCGCGAUGCCUGGGGGGCGCUCCCGGGGCCCCGCCGCCGGGGACGGGAGGCUGCGGCUGGCACGGCUGGCGCUGGUCCUCCUGGGCUGGGUCUCCUCGUCCUCCCUCCCCUCCUCGGCGUCCUCCUCCACCUCCUCGGCGGUCCCGGUCUCCGCGGCGUCCGCCCAGCCCCAGCUGCCGGGCCGAUGCCCCCCGGCGUGCGAGUGCUCCGAGGCGGCGCGCACCGUCAAGUGCGUGAACCGCAACCUGACCGAGGUGCCCGCCGACCUGCCCCCCUACGUGCGCAACCUCUUCCUCACGGGCAAUCAGCUGGCGGUGCUCCCCGCCGGGGCCUUCGCCCGCCGGCCGCCGCUGGCCGAGCUGGCCGCGCUCAACCUCAGCGGCAGCCACCUGGAGGAGGUGCGCGCCGGCGCCUUCGAGCAUCUGCCCAGCCUGCGCCAGCUCGACCUCAGCCACAACCCGCUGGCCGACCUCAGCCCCUUCGCCUUCUCGGGCGGCAACGCCAGCGUCGCGGCGCCCAGCCCCUUGGUGGAACUGAUCCUGAACCGCAUCGUGCCCCCUGCGGCCGCGCGGCAGAACCGGAGCUUUGAGGCUGCGGUGGCAGCGGCCCUGCGAGCGGGCCACGCGCUGCGCGGGCUUCGCCGCCUGGAGCUGGUCAGCAACCGCCUCCUCUACCUGCCCCGCGACGUCCUGGCCCAGCUGCCCGGCCUCCGGCACCUGGACCUGCGCAACAACUCGCUGGUGAGCCUGACCUACGUGUCCUUCCGCAACCUGACACACCUCGAAAGCCUCCACCUGGAGAACAACGCCCUCAAGGUCCUGCACAACGGCACCCUGGCGGAGCUGCAAAGCCUGCCCCACGUCAGGGUCUUCCUGGACGACAACCCCUGGGUCUGUGACUGCCACAUGGCGGACAUGGUGGCCUGGCUCAAGGAGACAGAGGUAGUGCAGGGCAAAGCCAGGCUCACCUGUGCGUUCCCGGAAAAAAUGAGGAAUCGGGUCCUCUUGGAACUCAACAGCUCCGACCUGGUCUGUGACCCUAUCCUCCCUCCAUCCCUGCAGACGUCUUACGUCUUCCUGGGUAUUGUUUUAGCCCUGAUAGGCGCCAUCUUCCUACUGGUUUUGUAUCUGAACCGCAAAGGGAUAAAAAAGUGGAUGCAUAACAUCAGAGAUGCUUGCAGAGACCACAUGGAAGGGUAUCAUUACAGAUACGAGGUCAACGCGGACCCCAGGUUAACGAACCUCAGUUCGAAUUCGGAUGUCUGAGAACCACGCGAGGACAGAACAAGGACAGCUAUGCAUGAGAUGUAGACUUCAGCUUCUGUCCUGCCCUAGGCUUGCUCCAUCCACCUCCACCCUCCACUGUAGCCGCCACUGACCUUGACUGUGAAAGCAGUGAAGGGAGUUUGCUCCCUUCUUACGUAAAGUUUCUCGGUGUGUUCUGCUACUGUAAGACAAUGGACAACUGUGCUUAGUGUUUUAUCCUCUUCCUUUUCUGGGAGAUCCACACGUCUGGAGGGAUGUUUUCAAGUUUCAGCAUGAACAUGGCCUCCUGGCUGUGUUUCUCUUAGUACAGUUCAAGGUUAUCAAGUGUACUCCCACAGAUAGCAUUCAACAAAAGCUGCCUCAACUUUUUUGAGAAAAAGACGUUAUUUCAUAAAUAUCAGUCUUAUUAUCAUGUACCAAAAUUGUGGAGAGAAUGAUUGCAUUCCAUAAACUGCCCGCAGACCUUAGCAAGCUCUUCAAAGUAACUCCAUAGCACACAGGAGCGCCUGCAUCUGAGAGCAUGCUUACAUCUUCCUGUUCUGCAUAUUACAAAAAAUAACUUGCAACUUCAGAUAACUUCUUUGACAAGUUACUUUUUUGAUUGCAGUUUAUAUGAAACUGUGCUGACGUUUUUUUAUAAACUGCAUCGAGAUCCAGCAAACUAAAUUGUUCAA